AUGAGUUGUACAUUAUUAAAUGGGUAUUGUAUAUCUGAGAAGAUUGAUGAAAUCAUAUUGGAAAGGAUUAUAAAUGAUAAAAAUAAAAAAUUAAAGGGAAAAUUUAAGGAAAAGAAGUUGUUCAUAAUUUAUUCAAAAAAUAUAGCAAAUUAUUCAUACUUAUAUAUAAUUUUAAAGAAGAGUAUUUAUUUAAACUCAGAUGUUAUUUUUAUACUUAUAAGAAUAAAUAAGGAUGUUAGUGAAAAUAAGUUAAAAGAUAUAAUACAAAAAAUAAGUAGAAAAAGAAGCAAUUCAUCCAUAAUAAUUUUAUCACCUUUAAGUUGCCAUAUAAAUAAGUGUUACAUAUCUAAAUAUAUUAAGAAAUGUAAUGAUAUAGAUGGUGUUAAUUACAAAACCAUUUUAGAAUUAAUUAAAAGUAGUAAUAAUAUUGUUAGUUAUAAUAUUCCACAUAGUUUUUUAACAUUAAUAAAUUAUGUGAGAAAUUCUUACAUUAAAAUUUUUAAUAAACUACUAAAAUUUUUUUUCACAUCUUUUUUUUUCCCAUUAAAAAAAAAAGAAGAAAUUUCGAAAAAAAUUGAUACUGAAAAUAAUUCAAUAAAUAAUAAAGUAGCCAAAGCACAAAAAGGAAAUUAUGAGGCUAUAAAAAAUAUGUUGUUUUGUUAUAAUAAAAAACAAAAUUAUGAAUAUUCAGAUGAAUCACAGAGGAAGUAUGAUAUAUUAUUACAUAAUUAUUUAAAAAAUAUUAAAUAUAGUAUUCCUUGUUGUGUCUAUUCAAUUCUUUUAUUUAUUAAAUAUUAUAAUAUUAAUAUAAAAAAUAAGAAUAUUUUAAUUAUAAAUAAUAAUAUAAAUAUAUUCUUAUCGUUAUUUAUCCUUUUUUUUCGUAAUAAAAUUUCUACAAUAGUUUAUGAUGCGGUAAAAGGAAAUAUUUUAUGUAGGUAUAAAAAAAAUGACAAAAAUAAAUUUUAUUUUAAAAUUAAUAAUAGAAAAUUGCUAAUAAAAGAUGAAGAAGAUUUUAAGUCUAAAUGCAAUAAUUUUAUGAAUUAUCAUGUGGUUAGUAAAAAUCAGAACAGAAAAUUUAGUAAGGGGGAUAUAAAAAAAAAUAUGAAAAAGAAAAUAAUUAAAUUUUCUGAUAUAAUAAUAAUUGGUUUAGGGUGUAGCAAUAUUUUAAAAAAGAAGCAUGUGAAAAGAAAUGCUAUUAUUUUAGAUUUAGGAAUCAAUUUGAAAUACUGUGAAAAUAAUAAUACAAAGUUUGAAUUAUCUGAACAAGCAAGAAACAAUACUAAUAAAUAUAUAAAAGAAAAUAAUAAUGGUAAUUUUAAAAAUGAUACAUAUGAAAGAAAAGAUUAUAACUAUUUGCAAAGGAAUUUUUUAUAUGGAAAUAAAUAUGUAGUUGCUGCUUGUAAUAAAAGAAAAAGAAAAAGUUUAUUCUCUUUUAGAAAAACUAAAAUAAAAUUAAAAGUAGAUAACAAUACUCUAUUACCUAGUAGUACAAAUAUAAAGUUAAAAAAACAUAAAAAUAAUAUAUAUAUGAAAAUUAAGGAAAGAAAUAGAAAUUCAUUUUAUAAACUCCCAGGGACUAUACGUUUUAAAACAAGUUCCAUUAAAUAUGAAAAUGUAAAUAGAUAUAAGGAAAAAGGAAAAAGAAAAAAUUUUAUAUACUUAAAAACAAAUAAAUCAAAAUUAGAAUUUUCUAAUAAAUUAUCAAAAUUUUUAGUAAAUUAUGAAAUUAUUGGAGAUGUUGAUUUAAACUGUAAAAAAAAAUGUCAAUAUAUUUCAAGUGUACCAGGAGGAUUAGGGCCUAUUACAACUUCUAUCUUAUUUUAUAAUUUGUAUUUUAAAAAAGUAUAUUAA